CAUCAGUCGAGGACCGCGGCGCGGCACGUGUGAGUGAAUUCAGUUUGUUUUUCGGAACCAGUGCGAAAUAUGCCGGAAGCGAUGGAAAAUCGGUCGGAAAAACCGCGACUCUAUCUUGAGGAGUACAAACUGAAACAGGAUGCAAACGACUACGGACUGUCGGACGAUUUUUGGGACUUUGAGCAAUUCAAGCGGCAGCUGCAGAUCGUCAUCGUCCGGCAUGCAGAAAGCGAGCUGGAGUUCGACAUGAUCGGUGUGAAUCCGGCAAUUGCCAACGCUUUCCGGCGCUUGAUGAUCAGCGAAGUACCCAGCAUGGCCAUCGAGAAAGUACACAUCUACAACAACACGUCUAUAAUUCAAGAUGAGGUUCUGGCGCAUCGACUGGGAUUGAUUCCUCUGCAGGCCGAUCCUCGUUUGUUCGAGUAUAAAACAAACGUAAAUGAUCCACCAAAUGCUUUGGAUACGCUUGAGUUUGAGCUUAAGGUCAAAUGUACUUGGAAGAAUAAGGAAUCCGACGAAGUUACUAACAAUGACAACAUGUACAAGAAUCACAGCAUCUAUUCGGGACAGAUCAAAUGGGUCCCGGUUGGUAAUCAGGCUUCGAUCUAUAAGGAACCGGAAGUGGGACCGAUCGACGGCGAUAUUCUGAUCAGUAAAAUGCGCCCUGGGCAUGAAUUUGAUAUUAAGCUUUUUGCCAUCAAAGGCAUAGGAAAAGAUCAUGCUAAGUUUUCACCGGUAGCUACGGCAUCCUACCGAUUGCUUCCGGAGAUUCGUCUCAAUCGACCGGUGGUGGGUCGCGAUGCGUUACUGCUUCAGAAAUGUUUUUCGCCGGGGGUAAUUGAAAUCGAUAAGGAUGAUCAGGCGUACGUGAAGGACGCCCGUUAUGAUAGCUGCAGCCGGAAUGUUUACCGGUAUCCGCAGAUUGCAGAUUCGGUCACAAUGAGUCGGGUGAGGAAUCAUUUCAUUUUCACCGUGGAAUCACUGGGAGCCCUCCCACCGGAUGUGAUUUUCGUGGAAGCGGCCAAAGUCCUGAAGAAGAAGUGUAAAAUGUUCUUGGAUGAAAUUAAAGGUAACUAACUUUCCAUUU